AUGGAUUUCGGAAACUUUGGAGCCGGCUUGGGCAAGAACCUCUCUAACUUUUCAGCUUCUAUUACUCCAUUUGCGUCGCGCACCUUCCAGUAUACCAAGGAGCAGUUUGGACAGACCGAUGACAAGACUCAGCUUCCCCCCGACUACAUCGACCUCGAGAAGCGUGUCGAUGCCCUCAAGCAAGCUCACCAGAAGAUGCUUGCUGUGACCUCGCAAUACUCCAACGAGGCAUACGACUACCCCCCUAACAUCAAGGAGACUUUCCAGGACCUUGGCCGCACCGUCAGCGAGAAGGUCAGCCUCCUCUCCUCCGCGACCUCCCCUGCCGAAGCCCAGGCCGCCCUCGUCGCUCCUCCCGCUGCCAAGCCCCAGCCCAAGACUUUCAGCCAUGCUGUCGCCCGCGCCAGUCUGUCUAGCAGCCAGCUCCUGCACCAGCACCACACUGGUGCCGGUGAAGACCCUCUUGCGACGGCCCUGGAGAAGUAUGCGCUUGCCAGCGAGCGUGUUGGCGAGGCCCGUCUUGCCCAGGAUGCCCAAGUUCAGAGCCGCUUCCUCGCUGGUUGGAACACUACCCUUAACACCAACUUGAGUUUCGCUACCCGCGCCCGUAAGAACGUUGAGAACUCUCGCCUCUCGCUUGAUGCUGUCAAGGCCCACGCCAAGGGUACCACUUUCCGCCUCGGCGGCCAAAGCGAUCAGCCCCACGACGAGCAGGAGUUGAGCCCUGAGGCCCAGGAGGAGGUUGAGAAGGCUGAGGACGAGUUUGUCACUCAGACCGAGGAGGCCGUUGGUGUCAUGAAGAACGUCCUCGACACACCUGAGCCCCUGCGCAACCUUGCCGAGCUUGUCUCCGCUCAAAUUGAGUAUCACAAGAAGGCAUAUGAAAUUCUUACUGAGCUCGCCCCCGUCAUUGAGGGUCUUCAGUCUGAGCAAGAAGCCGCCUACCGAAAGAGCCGCGAGGAGUCUUCUUAA